GGGCCGUUUCCCGGGCGGCUAUUGGAAGAACUGUGCACGAUGGAAGACCUCUCAGGAUUGGCUGGGCCUACCCAAGGCUACGGGAGAGCCCUCUUCCUGGCGUGGGAAAGAGACGGUGGCGAUUGGCGGACCCUGCUAGCGGGAGAGCAUGGAUUGGCUAAAUCGGGAGCAGGGGGAGGGGCUGAUAUCCCAGAAGCGGCGGCGGCGACGGCUGCGGAGCCGGUGUGAGGCGAUUGACCGGGCUGCGGACCCCGGCACGGCGCGGCGAGAUGGAGGUGACGGGCUUGUCGGCGCCCACAGUGACCGUUUUCAUCAGCAGCUCUCUCAACAGCUUCCGCUCUGAAAAGCGGUACAGUCGCAGCCUCACCAUCGCUGAGUUCAAGUGUAAACUAGAGCUGGUGGUGGGCAGUCCUGCUUCUUGCAUGGAACUGGAGCUGUAUGGACCUGACGACAAGUUCUACAGCAAGCUGGAUCAGGAGGACGCACUGCUGGGCUCCUACCCAGUAGACGACGGCUGCCGCAUCCACGUCAUUGACCACAGUGGUGCCCGCCUUGGGGAGUACGAGGAUGUGUCCAAGGUAGAGAAAUACCAGAUCUCACAAGAAGCCUAUGACCAGAGGCAAGACUCAGUCCGCUCCUUCCUGAAGCGCAGCAAGCUAGGCCGGUACAAUGAAGAGGAGCGGGCACAGCAAGAGGCCGAGGCCACUCAGCGCCUGAAUGAGGAGAAGACCCAGGCCAGCGCCAUCCCCGUGGGCAGCCGCUGUGAGGUGCGGGCACCUGGGCAGCCCCCUCGCCGGGGGACCGUCAUGUAUGUAGGACUCACAGAUUUCAAGCCUGGCUAUUGGAUUGGUGUCCGCUAUGAUGAGCCACUAGGGAAAAACGAUGGCAGUGUGAAUGGGAAACGCUACUUCGAAUGCCAAGCCAAGUACGGCGCCUUCGUCAAGCCAUCGGUUGUGAUAGUGGGGGACUUUCCCGAAGAAGACUACGGGUUGGAUGAGAUGUGACACCCAAGGAAAGGCAUCCCCCUGCUCCAACUAACUCCCCUACUCAUUGCCUCUCCCUGUGUGUGCCCGUGGCCCUUCUCCCUGAGCCCAUUUUUUUUUUAUUCACCUUGCCAUUGACUUUUGAGACUCAUGCAUUAAAUUUGCGGGAAAC